CUUCACCAGUCUCAGUCUCAUUCACUCUCUCACGGUCUCACCCACACAGACACACUCCUCUUUCCCUUGUUGUUGGAAACACAGAAGCAAUGAGCAAUUAGCAGAUGGCAGUAGCAACACCACCCAGCAAUUCUUCUUCCCCCCAAAAAAGCCGUUACGCCUUCAUCGCUGUCCUAUUCAUCACCCUCUUCCUCUUCACCAUUUUCGUCUUCACCAAACGAGCCCUCGAGCCCUCUCUCUUCCUCUACAAGAAUCACUUCACCCAAAUCCCCUUUUCUUCUAAUUCUCCAACCAACAAUACCCUCAUCUCUAUCUCCCAUCCCACCUCUGCACCAGUACUAGACCCACCUUCUUUGCCCCAAUCCACCCCAACCCGGGAACCCAGUUCAGAAAUUGAGUCUAGUGAUGAAAAUGUGCAAGACCCAGAUCGUGGAAAUGAGAGCUCUGACGUGAAGGAGGAGUCCAAUGGCCAAAAGGGUGGUGACGAUGAGAACCCAGAUGUUGAAAUGGGUGAAAUUCCGUGUGAUUUGUAUGCUGGAACAUGGGUGAGAGAUGAGCAAUACCCGAUUUAUAAACCGGGUUCAUGCCCUCAUGUUGAUGAAGCUUUUGAUUGCCAGAGCAAUGGGAGGAGUGACUCUGAGUAUCUGAAAUGGCGAUGGAAGCCUGAUGGCUGUGAACUUCCAAGGUUUAAUGCAACUGACUUUCUGGUGAGGCUACGGGGUAAAAGGUUGAUGCUCGUAGGAGAUUCUAUGAAUAGGAACCAGUUUGAGUCAAUACUAUGCCUUCUCCGGGAAGGCUUGUAUAAUAAGAGCAGAAUGUAUGAGGUCAAUGGCCACAAAAUAUCCAAGGGUAGAGGCUAUUUCUCUUUCAAAUUCCAGGACUAUGACUGUACGGUGGAUUUUGUGUUAUCACACUUCCUUGUGAAAGAAGGAAUCCGCAUUGGUGAGAAAGGGAAGUCAAAUCCAACUCUAUCAAUAGAUCAAAUUGACAGGAAAGCUAAACGUUGGAAGAGGGCUGACAUCCUCGUCUUUAAUACUGGUCAUUGGUGGGCUCAUGGAAAGACUGCCCGUGGGAAAAACUACUACAAAGAAGGUGAUUAUCUCUAUCCACAUUUUGAUGUAACGGAGGCCUUUAGACGGGCCCUGAGGACCUGGGCUAGCUGGGUUGAACUUAAUGUGAAUCCGAAAAAGCAGUUGGUGUUCUAUCGUGGGUACUCUUCUUCACAUUUCAGAGGUGGCGAUUGGGAUUCAGGUGGGUCAUGCAAGGGGGAAAAGGAACCAGCCUUCUCUGGGGCCUUACUGGAUAGCUACCCUUUGAAAAUGAAGAUAGUGGAUGAAGUAAUCAAAGAAAUGAAAAUGAAGGUUCCAGUGAGAGUACUGAAUGUGACAAGGUUGACCAAUUUCCGCAAAGAUGGCCAUCCAUCAAUUUGGGGAAAGAAAGGUUCCACCAGGAAGCAAGACUGCAGCCAUUGGUGUGUUCCUGGAGUCCCUGAUGCUUGGAAUGAGCUCAUCUAUGCCACUCUGGUUUUUCAGCAGACCAAAUCAAAGAGUACAGUUUCAUAGGCUCUUCUACAUUAUAAGAAAAAGGCAGUCAUGUGUUAUGUGUUCAUACCUACCAAGCCCCCCACGAAAGUAAUGAAAUUUUUUUGUAAUGAUUGUAAAGAGAAUUCCUGGUCUUCGUU